UUAGAAGACAGAUAUAAGGAUUAUUCACAAGCAGAGCUAUAGAGCAAGCGUUCUAUUGAUAUUCACUAUACGUUGUGCCAAAGGAGUUGAGAUAUAAUAAACUUCACAUCUUUGCUACUGGGAAUAUUCAUGUUGACUUCAACGUAUGUGGAAACAUCACAAGUCUUUUUUGAGCCGAAAACACUGGUCAGCUCUUACUGCCCAGAAGUGAGCAACAGUAUGCUAGAAGAAGGGUUGGACUACUGUGCCAAGGCGUACAGUUACCAUCUGAUCAGCCCCACUAUAACCGAGUUCACCAGUCUCCAGGCUCUUCUUUUGUCUUUGCUAAGGUGUUUAGUAACUCAAGACACGGAAUCUUGCGCCAUCCUUGCCAAUUGCACUAAUCGUAUCGAGCAAGUGCGGUCCAGAAACGUCGGACUUUGGCUCAGGGAGGACUUCAGGUUCCCAGAAGACGACAUGAAACUGGCAAUGGCUCGCCUCGAUUCAAAGGUAGCUGGUGGGGCACUGGUACUGAACUCAAAAGUCUUAGACAUUGUCUCUUCUCUUGCUGACAGCUAUGGGAUUGUUCUACAAUCGAAAAGAACAAGUCGUGAUUUGGCACUUGAACUAGAAAAUGCUGUGGCUGCCAACAUCCCUUGUGAAAUUAUUGCACUAGCCAAAGAAGGAGGAAAUAUCAAUGAAUUGACUCAGUCCGGGGAAAGUCUCGUUCAUUUGGCAGUAAGGAGUCGAAGUACGUCUUCAAUUGCUGCAUUGGGGUUUCUGAAGGCUGAUGUAGAGGUUCUCAACGCUGCUGGUGAAACUGCUAUGGAGGAAGCUAUUAAAAUCAAUACUGUCCCAUCUAUCAAGGAACUGAUAUUGGCUGGAGCUAAAAUAGAGAAGGAGUUGAGCAGGGGUAACUCUUACCUUCACUUAGCGGCCAUUUCUGGCAAAAAUGAAGCAUUGCGUACGUUACUUGAGGCUGGACUUGAACCCGGUGUGAGAAACCACUUUGGAGAGACUUCAUUGCAGCUAGCUGUCAAGGUAGGAAAUGUCAAGGGGGUGGAUAUCCUACUGGAAAGAUGUACUAAUAGCUCUUUGAUACGAGAAGAAGCAAAGAGUCUUUUGAAUAUGGCCGUUGUGACCGCGAAUAUUGAUAUGUUUAAAUCAUUUAUAAAAUGUUGGGCUUUAUUAGAUCUCAGAUUCAAAAAUAAUGACACAUUAUUUCAUUUGAUAGUUCGUUCAAAUAACGCAACUCAAAUGCUCAAAAUACUGAAAGAUAGAAGUGUGCAAUUAAACAUCAGGAACGAGGAAGGUCUCGCACCUUUACAUAUAGCUACCGAUCCAUCAGUUGUUGAGGCACUACUGGAGAUGGGUGCGGAUGUCAAUAUUACUACAGAUAACGGAGAAACAGCUCUUCAAAUAGCUUUGGCCAAUGGAUAUCUGAAUGUUGUAAAAGUUCUAGUUAAAUAUGGUGCAGGAAUUGACAUACAAUAUAACCACGAUGAAACUGCUGGUAACGGCAAGACCCCACUCAUUGAAGCAUCUAUUCACGGUCAUUUGAAUGUGGUAAAAUUUCUGAUUGACCGAGGAGCGCCUACCAACGAUAAGGAUAAAAACGGAUGGACUGCACUACACCAUGCGGCACGAGAAGGGCAUGUUGACGUGGUGGCUUUAUUCUUGGAAUGUGGUUCAGAUCUAACUGUUAAGUCAGCUAAUGGCAAGACCCCACUCAUUGAAGCAUCUAUUCACGGUCAUUUGAAUGUGGUGAAACUUCUGAUUGACCGAGGAGCGCCUAUCAACGAUAAGGAUAAGGAUGGAUGGACUGCACUACAUCAUGCUGCACGAGAAGGGCAUAUUGAAGUGGUGGCUUUACUAUUGGAGCAUGGUUCAGAUCUAACAGUUAAGUCAGCUAAUGGCAAGACCCCACUUAUUGAAGCAUCUAUUCACGGUCAUUUGAAUGUGGUAAAAUUUCUGAUUGACCGAGGAGCGCCUACCAACGAUAAGGAUAAAAACGGAUGGACUGCACUACACCAUGCGGCACGAGAAGGGCAUAUUGAAGUGGUGGCUUUACUAUUGGAGCAUGGUUCAGAUCUAACAGUUAAGUCAGCUAAUGGCAAGACCCCACUCAUUGAAGCAUCUAUUCACGGUCAUUUGAAUGUGGUGAAACUUCUAAUUGACCGAGGUGCGCCUAUCAAUGAUAAGGAUAAGGAUGGAUGGACCGCACUACAUCAUGCUGCACGAGAAGGCCAUGUUCACGUGGUGGCUUUAUUAUUGGACCGUGGUUCAGAUCUAACUGUUAAGUCAGCUAAUGGCAAGACCCCACUCAUUGAAGCAUCUAUUCACGGUCAUUUGAAUGUGGUGCAACUUCUGAUUGACCGAGGAGCGCCUAUCAACGAUAAGGAUAAGGACGGAUGGACUGCACUACAUCAUGCUGCACGAGAAGGGCAUAUUGAAGUGGUGGCUUUACUAUUGGAGCAUGGUUCAGAUCUAACAGUUAAAUCAGGUAAUGGCAAGACCCCACUAAUUGAAGCAUCUAUUCACGGUCAUUUGAAUGUGGUAAAACUUCUGAUUGACCGAGGAGCGCCUAUCAACGAUAAGGAUAAGGAUGGAUGGACUGCACUACAUCAUGCUGCACGAGAAGGGCAUAUUGAAGUGGUGGCUUUACUAUUGGAGCAUGGUUCAGAUCUAACAGUUAAGUCAGCUAAUGGCAAGACCCCACUUAUUGAAGCAUCUAUUCACGGUCAUUUGAAUGUGGUGAAACUUCUGAUUGACCGAUUAGCGCCUAUCAUCGAUAAGGAUAAGGAUGGAUGGACUGCACUACACCAUGCAGCACGAGAAGGGCAUGUUGACGUGGUGGCUUUACUUUUGAAACGUGGUUCAGAUCUAACAGUUAAGUCAGGUAAUGGCAAUACCCCACUCAUUGAAGCAUCUAUUCACGGUCAUUUGAAUGUGGUGAAACUUCUGAUUGACCAAGGAGCUCCUAAAUAAUUUUUUAUUUAUUUUUGUUUUAUUUUUAUUUACCUGAGUUGUUUUUUCCAUUAUAAUAUUGCACUAUAUUCUCUGUUAUGCAAAUUAAUAAAAAUGGAAAUGUAUGUAUUGUUAAUGUUAAAAAUCUGGUGCAGUACUGAGAAAAAGCUGGUAUCACACAAUUUUAAUUUACCACUCUUUUUAUUUUAUCAAAUAAGUAUUUUCUGGCAAGUGUAAGUGAAAGUAAAAAUCGUAAAGGAUUUCAAGUAUUAUUUAAGAGAAUUAAUUACAAAUCUUUUUCAUAGCCGUUUGUGUAUUUUAUAAUAUUUAUAUUUUUUAUCAUCAACCAUUUACAUUUACGACACUACGAUAGAUUUAGACUCUAUUAGAGAAAAUUUAUGAGAAUAAGAUCGAGAAAAUUGUAAAAUUUAUGAUAUAAAAUGUCAUUUCCGGUUAGCUGAUUUCAACGCAAAACUUGCAGUAAACUUUCAAUACCUAAUUUCAGUUCCGAUUUCGAUCUAGACGUAAAUAUAACAAUAUGGAAAUCAUUUUCUUAGAAACUACAAUAUAGCAUACGUCAGUGGAAAACAUACACACACACCUAUAAACAAACACACACACACACACACACACACACACACACACACACACACACACACACACACACACACACAAACACACACACACACACACACACACACACACACACACACACACACACACACACACACCUACACACACACAUCACACACACACAUCACACCCAAACACACACUUCUACAUAUAUAUUUGAGAUAUCUAGCGUUACAUGCAUUUUUAGCAACUUACAUUAGUAUUCAUCAUUUAAUUGGCCAUUUUGUACUGUUCCCAUACCUAAAAGAAAAUACAGUAAGUUUCUUAGUAUUUAUUUAUUUAUAUAUUAAUGACAAUAAAAAUUCUAAUAAUAACAGUUUACUUUUAAAAACCCAAAAAACAAUUGUAAAAUAAGUCAUAUAAAAUGUUUGAAUAAUCAUCGAACAUAUUUUAUAUUAGUACUCUUCGUCGUAAACCAAUGACUUGCUGCUCUAUAGUAUCCUUUAAUAACACCCCACUUAUCCUUGUAGAACAAAUUCCAUACCUUGGACUCCAGCUGGACAAAUAUCUCACUUGGAAUCUUCAUACAAGACUGUAACGACAAGAAACUAUUCGACGUUUACGCUUACUCCAACACUUACUAGACAAACGCUCUAAACUUACCAUCAAUUACAAACGAAUCAUAUACAUGACUAUAAUAAGACCUAUUUGGACUUAUGGAGUUGAACUAUGGGGCUCCACUAAACCAUCAAAUUCCUCUCGUAUCCAAUCUUUACAAUCGAAAAUCCUUCGUAAAAUCCUCAAUGCUCCUUACUUUGUCACAAAUAAAAUAAUCCAUAAAGACCUCAAUGUUCCAUAUGUUUCUGAUUUAGCCGAAUCCAGAUACCAACCCUUCCAUGAUAAACUUCAUAAACAUCCGAAUCCUCUUGUUUCUAACCUUGCUUCCUCUUCGAUUCCUGAUAACACUCCGAGGCGUCUGAAAAGAAGAUGGCCUCGUGAACUCAUGGAGACAAAUUAUUAGAGUGCUACCAAUGUGUAGAGUGCUUAAAUUAAGAGUUUCUCAACAAGGGUGUUUCAUGUUAUUAUAUUCCUCUGUACACAUUUACUUGAUGUAUUCAUACUAAUACAGUUGUAAAUAUCAUAAUAAAAGAAAAAAUAUUAGGACUAAAGAGGAUGUACAAAACUUUAAAAAUGUGGAUUGUGGAUUCCUUCUAUUACAUCAUGUAUACAUAAUUAUUAUAUUUUUUCAUAGCCCCUUAUUUAUUUAUCCGACAAGGUUCAAGGCAUUAGAAUUCUUUUUUUUUUCUGCAUGUUUGAAUUUUAAGGAGAUUUAUAUCUCAUUAUUGUUUACGGUAAUAUUUUUGUUUGCCGUAUAAUGAUCAGGUAAUGGGGCUCACUUUUUUAAACUUACAAACUAAAACAUAAAGCUACAAUUUUAAUUUUCAAAAGAAAUUUGAUAGUGUUGAGGAGGUUCAGAACGUUCAAGUCGAUUAAAUGAGGGAUUUUUUACGUAUUUUACUGAUUUGAAAAAUGUGUUAUGUCUUACUAUAAUGAAGUCCUUAACUUUACUUAUUUUAAAUUCUUAGUGUUUUGACGAUUUUCUCUUUGCAUAGUCGUCCAUUUAGCUAUUACAUUUUGAAAUGUUUAUGGCUUUUUUUAUGUUCAUCUGUUAUUUUUGUUAAAGUAGGACGUAUUUAUAGUUUUGUUUGGAUGAUAAAAUAUGACUUACUAUGAUUUCUAUGGUGCGGUUUUAAUUUUCUUACAAAAGUAGACCUAAAACGAUAAAUGCCUAUCUUCUCCGAUGUAAACGAUGUAUAUCCUCCUCAUUCUCUCUCUCUCUCUCUCUCUCUCUCUCUCUCUCUCUCUCUCUCUCUCUCUCUCUCUCUCUCUCUCUCUCUCUCUCUCUCUCUCUCUCUCUCUCU